CUGUCUCAGAGAUGAGUAAACAUUAAGAAAAAAAAUUUUUUUUAAAAUAAUUAUGCCAGGACAACAGGGAUAAACCCAGCCACCCUAGCACCAGACCAAAUGAUUUUCAUGCCGUAAAAGAUCUCUCAACGUUGUUCCCUUCAUCUUAAGAGCAGCUGUCUCCCUGCCUGUCCCUCUCCAGGCACACCGUCACCACACGCAGCGUUAGCCUGUGGGAUCUCUAGCCUCCUCAAUUAUUUUCUUUAAAAAUCAUUUUCUGUAUUGCGCCAGAAUUUGGGUUAAAACACACAUACACACACACACACCUUUUGUUCUCUAAGAAUUGUUCAAGCAUUUCUUUAGUGGUGCGUUUGGGAGAGGAAAUAAAAAGAGGAUAAAUUAGGCCUAAGUUCACGGAAUGUCUGGGGACGCGUGUCCUCGGGUGAGGGCGGGCGAGUCCCCUGGAUCAGCAGACCCAUGCUACGCUUCUGUGGCAGCAGGGGCUUCGUGACCCUCAGGAAUUUAGAGUAUUUAGAGGUGGGCGAAGGGCGCUGCAAGGGGAGAGAAGGGUCCUGCUAAUUUCACAUUAGCUUUUCACUGCAUUGCUGUUCAGCAUGAGAAUACAACUGUCCCUCCUGUUCAUAUCCUUCCCUGUUCCCAAAGUCCCUUACCAGGUCCCAAGGGCAAUACUGACGGAUUCAGGCACUUUGGCUCUUUCUUCUUCAUGCUAAUAUAUUUCUCCCUCUAUUGCACGAGGAGGAAGGGAGAAACAAAAUUUUCAGCGGCUCUAGUCAUGGUGAAAAAGCGGGGAGAAAAACGGCUAAUUUGAUACUUUCGCACGAUUUACAGAAAUCUUCCCGGAAGCAGUGUGAGGAAGGCAGAAGCCGCCGCCCUCCCUGGCCUGGCGAAGCCACCCGCCACCAUGCCCAAGAGAAAGGCAAAAGGCGACGCUAAAGGUGACAAAGCCAAGGUGAAGGGUGAGCCGCAGAGGAGAUCUGCGCGGCUGUCUGCCAAACCCGCUCCCCCAAAACCGGAAGCCAGGCCUCCAAAGGCCGCUGCCAGGAAGGCCGAGAAGCGGCCCAAGGGGAGAAAGGGGAAAGCAGAGGGCGACAGGGUUGGGGACAAGGCCGGGGACAAGGCCGGGAAGAACCCGGACGCUUCCACGGCCCCGUCACAGAAAGCAGAAGGCAGCGGGGACGCCAAAUGAAAUGUACUUUUUUCAUAACUCAACUUCUAGUGACUCUGCUGUUCGAGAUACUGUCUGUCUUCAGUCAACUUUUAUAAAAGUGUAGAACUUGGGCUCUUAUUUCCAACUUCCGCCGUUGGCAUACAAGACGCAUUGUUGUUGUCCCCUGUGGAAAGCGCAAAUCCCGCUGACAGAAUGUCUCCGGGGCCCGAUUGAAAUGGGGGGAGAUGGCGCCUCGUGUCCUCACUGUUGAAGAUUAUUCUCGGUUCCCGGGAGGGGUCUCCUGUCAGCCCCCCCGCCCCCCCGGGCUCAGAAGCCUUCCGGCAUGGAGAAGCAAAACCUCAUGGCUUCUCUCCUGAGGCGAGCAGCGUACACUGGCCUUCCUGGAAUAGUCAUGACGCGGCCUUGGCACCCCCAGCCUCCUGUCGGGUGAUCGCACUCAGGCCUUCUGGCCGUAACAGCAAGAUGGCGUUGCCCCAAAGAGCCAGGAUCCCUGUGUGUAGUUGGCGGGCGAUCCCAGUGGCCAUCCUGGACUUUUUAGCUCCUCUCCCCCACGUCAGAGUUGACCCGUGAAAAGAUCUCACGUACCUCAUGCGAAAUAGCCACGCCUCCCGAGAACGUCACCUUUUCAGAAGAGCAACAGAAGACUGUUGACUUGGGGGGGGCGGGGAGGGGGGGAGUUUGAAUGUUGUCGGGUGUUGUGUGGAUUGAUUGUCACCCGUGUCCUCCUGGAAGUGGCUGGUCCUGAAAAGUAUCUUAUAAAAGCUGAAUACAUACUAGCCUGGUGGGAGGGGGAUCAUUUCCUACCCACAGCCCUAGAGAUGUUCUUUACUGCACCUUAAACAUGGUUUUACGUUUCACACUCGUCCGCAGUCUUCUCUGCACUGAUCGGCGUGCAAAGUACGAGACAGAAGUUCAAUAUAAUAUUUUGUCCAGGUGGAUGAGCAGUGGUCGCCGCUGCACCAUUUUCUGAAGAGUUCAUUCCUUCCCAUGGAUCCGGAACACCAGCUCUUUCGAAAAUGGAGUCUCUUGGGGGUGGGUGGGUGCGGGGCAGGGCGGGUGUGGAUUCUCUCCUGACUCUCUGGUCAGUUUGCCCAACCCCACGGCAGUGCAAUAUAGUCCUGGGCACUACAGCUUUUAGAAAGAGGUCUUGGUAUCUCAGGACAAACCUCACCUCCACCUCCAAAAUAAAGUCUCCAC